AUGACUCAGAGCAAGACUUGGAAGGAGGUUUCAGCGGCCAAGCAGGCUGCACGCACAGCGGCCAUCCCGGCCGAGUGGAAGAUUCAGGUCCCUGCCAAGGCCAACGUCAUGUCUAUUCCGGCCACCUGCGGUGUCCUCACUCCCGACGAGAUCAAGAUCACCGAGACGCCUGCCGGACAGCUAGCCAACGCCCUCCUUUCCAGAGAGUUGACCUCUGAAGCAGUGGUCACGGCCUUCUGCAAGCGUGCCGCCAUCGCGCAGCAGCUAACCAACUGCCUAACGGAGAUUUGGUUUGACGCUGCGAUCGCCGAGGCGCGCAAGAUCGAUGAAGAAUACGCCAAGACCGGCACUCCGCGCGGCCCGCUCCACGGUCUUCCGAUGAGCUUGAAGGACAAUGUCAAUGUCAAGGGGUUCGACACGACGAUCGGAUACAUCGAGUACUGCGACAAGCCAGCGUCCGACGACUCGGUGCUCGCCAAGGCGUUCCGCUCAGCCGGCGCUGUGCUGUUCUGCAAGACCAACGUGCCGACAGCCAUGCUCAUGGCUGAGACGUACAACAAUGUGUGGGGCUACACGCCGAACCCCUACAACUCGGCGUAUGGGGCGGGCGGUUCAAGCGGCGGCGAAGGCGCCCUCGUCGCUCUCCGCGGUACCCCGCUCGGAACGGGCACGGAUAUCGGAGGAUCGAUCCGUAUCCCGAGCGCAGUCAACGGCGUGUUUGGUCUCAAGCCUUCCGCCGGCCGCUUCCCGCUCAUGGGGGGGCGGCCAGGCCUGCCGGGCCAGGAGGCGAUCAAGUCUGUCAUUGGGCCAAUGGCGACCGACCUCGACAGCCUCGAAAUGUGGGGCAAGGCCGUUCUCGCUUGCAAGCCUUGGGAAACAGACCCGGCCGUGUACAGGCUUCCCUGGCGCGAGGUGGAAGUGCCUGAGAAGUUGUCUUUCGGUAUCAUCAUGGACGACGGGGUGAUCAAGCCCACGCCGGCCGUCACGCGCGUGCUCAAAGAAACUCGGGCAGCGCUCGAGGCCGCCGGCCACACCGUGGUCGAGUGGCAGCCGUACCAGAUCAACAGGGCGGUCGACCUCUUCUUCGCCCUCAUCAAGGGCGACGGCGGCGUGACCAUCAGCAACACCAUCAAGGGCGAAAUCCCCGAGCCCUUCCCCACCGGUUUGGUUCAGUUUGACGCUGCCGCUGAAGCCGCACGCGCCAAUCCACCCACAGUUAAUGAGCUGUGGAAGACCCAAGCCGCGCGGCAGGCAUACCUGGCCGAGUUCCUUGCCCACUGGCAGGCAACCCGUGAGCUCUCCGGCACGGGCCGGCCAUUUGACGGCGUCAUCGCUCCCAUUGCGCCAUACCCCGCAGGGAAGCGGUACAACUUCCCGAUCCGCGAGGGGUCGUACACUUUCGUAUGGAACCUCACGGACCAGACCAGCCUUGCGUUCCCCGCCGGUACUGUCAAGAGCUCGGAUGUCGGUGAGAUAGGGCGCGAGUACCGCAGCGCCCACGAGAAGAACGCAUGGGACAACUACGACGUACAGGGUCUCGAGGGGAUGCCUGUUGGUUUGCAGGUGGUCCUGCCUCGCCACGAAGAGGAGCUGGCUAUCAAGCUCGGCGGGAUUAUUGUAGACGCAAUUGGCACCCAGCAGCACGCCACAUAG